UCCUCCUCCUCCGAGCUGCUGCUGGUGCUGAUGCUGUUUGGUCACAUUUGCGCGGCGGCGGAUGCAUGAGCUGCUCUCGCCGUUCUACUUCAAGGGUCCGCGUUGCCGGAGAGCCUCAUUAGGUGCACGCGCUGACGGAAUUCUUACUCUGAGGUGCAACAUCCCUCCACCCAGGAGACAGCGACUGGAACCAAACUGCACAAGAAACCUGAGAAGAAAAAGCUGGAGUUUCAUCAGAACUAAAGAGAUUGGAAGAGUACUUUUUAAAAGCAGAUACUCUUCAUCUACACACAUGGUGCUCUGAUCUACUUUCCAUUUCAUGAGGAACACCAAAACAGCAAUAAUCUUCCCUACAGGACGGCAAAAUUUCAGCACGCCACAGAAUCAUCGACCCGUCCCUGACUCAGAUGUACUAGUGUCCUAUGCCAUGCUAAUUAAAGUGGACACAGAAGAACAACCCAAAAACUAAUACAAGCAGCAAAAAUCGUAUAGAUGGAUAGACAAGCAAGAAACUGAAAGACAACAAAAGACAUUGUGAGAUCCUUUCCAAAAAUUUUUUUUUUGCAUUGUUUAUUGAUGUGGAAAUCGAUGUAUAGCAAACCCCAACACAUUAUACAAACAGUGGCACAUCCAACUUCCUCAUAUUGAUUAUAAUGAAUAAACAAGGCCAUGUGGGUCCUUAAUAAUAAUAAUAAUAAUAAUAAUAAUAAUAAUAAUAAUAAUAAUAAUAGAUUCAUAUUGAAGCAUGAUUUGUCACAAAUUUUUUUACCUGGUAUUCCCUUUGUUAUUUAAAAAAAAAAAUUGUAUCAUUAUUAAAAAAAAAUAAUUAUAAAUAUCAGCCCACUUGGCAGCUAUGAAAUCUUGAGGUUGUCCCCAUGGUGAUCAAAAUGAAUGAACAAAAGAAGAAACAAAAUUAGCAGCAUGACUCAUCUGUAGACUUUAUUUUCUCCAUGAUGCCCUUAUUAACAUGGAUGAGGACAACAGAAACAAAUACUCCUUGAGCACAAAUCAAACAAAAACCCCAAGUAAGGAGGAAAAAAAUGGCUGCCUCAUAGCAGUUACUCAUUCCUGACCUUCUUAUUUAUUUCCCCCAUUAUGUCCACACGCUAAUUUAAAGUAGACCGAUUUGGACGUUGUCUUCUUUGUUGUCGUCCUCACUGUGAUUAAAGUGCACAGGAUCAGACAAGCAGGGCAACAUAAAAGGAAAAGAAAUUGCCCACAUAACCAACCCGUCAAAUCACAGUGCACGUCCUCUGCCUCCAGAAUGUCCCCGUGCUGAUCAGAGUGGAUUAUGUCUUAGUGUUGUGACUUUAUUGGACGUUGAAAAGGGACAACAUGCGUUUGUGGACAACGUCCUGGCGCUGGGUGGCACUGGUGCUGCUGGCCUGGGCAAUGCUGCUCUUCUUUAUGGGAGGCCACUUGGUGCGCGAGAGCCAACACACACACGAAACGACACACACACGCAGAGAGCUGGCCAACAUCCUCACCAAACUUGAACGACUUAAACAGCAGAACCACGAGCUGCGGCGUAUGGCACAGGCUCUAAGGAUUCCUGAAGGACAGUCCAUUAAGCCCGUCUCUGCAGGUCGGCUGCGGUUUUUAGAGGAGCAGCUAAACAAAGCCAAACAGGAGAUCCACAACUAUCAGAGAGUGUUUGGAGAUGUAGGCCCGGGCCGUGUGCAAGAGGAGUACAGGAGGACGGUGGAGAGAGGUGUGCGGGAGUUUUGGUAUUUUCUGCGCAGCGAGGUGAAGAAGCUGAGCCACGUAGAUCCAGCUGCACUGCAGAAGCACACAGAUAAACUGCUGCAUGAUCUUGGCCACCAACAGAGGUCCAUCCUGACAGAUCUGCACUUCUUGGGUCAAGCUGAUGGAGCAGGUGAUUGGAGGGAAAAGGAAGCAAAGGAUCUUACCAAUCUGGUGCAGAACAGGAUCUCCUUCCUGCAGAAUCCUUCGGACUGCAGUAAGGCACGCAAGUUGGUGUGUAACAUUAAUAAGGGCUGUGGUUAUGGCUGCCAGCUGCACCAUGUGGUUUACUGCUUCAUGAUUGCAUACGGCACCGAGCGCACACUCGUGCUCGAGUCCCACAGCUGGCGCUAUGCCCCUAAUGGGUGGGAGACAGUGUUCAGGCCUCUGAGCAAUACCUGCACCGAGCGCACAGGAGCAUCCACCGGGCACUGGACAGGGGAGGAUCAUGAUCGGGAUGUGCAGGUGGUGGAAUUGCCUAUCGUGGACAGUCUUCACCCCAGACCCCCCUACUUGCCUCUAGCUAUCCCUGAGGAUCUAGCUCCAAGGCUUCAGAGGCUGCAUGGAGACCCCUCUGUCUGGUGGGUGUCUCAGUUCGUCAAGUACCUGGUACGGCCUCAGCCGUGGCUGGAGAAAGAGAUGCAGGAGGCGGGCAUCAAACUGGGUUUCAAACACCCCAUCAUUGGGGUGCAUGUGAGGCGCACUGAUAAAGUUGGCACAGAGGCUGCGUUUCACCCCAUAGAGGAGUACAUGCUGCAUGUAGAGGAACAAUUCCAGCUCAUGGCCCAGCGCAUGCAGCUCGACAAAAAGAGAGUGUAUUUGGCAACUGACGACCCCUCACUGUUGCAGGAGGCCAAGAGCAAAUACCCCGAUUAUGAGUUCAUCAGCGAUAACUCUAUCUCGUGGUCAGCUGGACUGCAUAACCGAUACACAGAGAACUCUCUCAAGGGAGUCAUCCUGGACAUCCACUUCUUGUCCCAGACUGACUUUCUAGUCUGUACAUUCUCUUCACAGGUGUGUCGUGUAGCCUAUGAGAUCAUGCAGACUCUGCAUCCAGAUGCUUCAUCCUACUACUCUCUGGAUGAUAUCUACUAUUUCGGCGGGCAAAAUGCUCACAACCAGAUCGCCAUCUACGCACAUCGGCCGCACACUGCUGAGGAUGUCGCACUGGAGCCUGGAGAUGUAAUUGGCGUUGCUGGAAACCACUGGGACGGCUACUCCAAAGGACUGAAUCGCAGACUGGGGCGCACCGGCCUCUAUCCAUCAUACAAAGUGAAGGAGAAAAUCGAGACAGUGAAAUACCCCACCUACCCCCAGGCAGACAAACAGCUCAACUCAGAAAACAGAGGAAAGUAGACUAAAAGAGACAGUAAGACACUUAAAAAUCCGAGUGAGGCAUGAAGAGACUGGAACAGACUGAGACAGACAGAGGCAGAAAGAGAUAGGGUGAGAAUGGCAAAAUAAUUUUUCCUGUAUAAAGCUUAUUGAUAAAGGAGAGAUAAUAAGACAGUCCACAAAGAGAUACAUGCUGUCAGUGUGUGUAUGUGUGUGAGCUAAAAGUGAUGAUAUCAUGAGAUGUUCGAGAUGGGGAAAAAUUGAUGGAAUGAAAUAAUGGUAUGGAAAGAAAAUAUAUUAAGAGGUAUAGAGAAGGAAAGAGACAAGAGACAGCGAUAUCGGAAAUGACAGAAUUGUGCACAAAAGACGUGGAAACAGAUAGAGAUAUGUCCAGGUGGAACAACAUAAAAAAGUCAGAAAACUGAAAGAAAAAAGAGAAAGAAGAAUGGAAAGAGACAAUGAUACACAUGGAGACAGAAUGAGAUUGACAUAGUAGUGAGACAUCAGAGAAAAAUACAAAAAUACAGAAAUAGGUUAAAAGAAGCAAGAGGAAGAGACUAAUUAAGACUGAAAGAAAGACAAGAAGAUAAAAAAAUUCAGAAAGAAAGAUUUGAAAGACAUGGGCUGAUGUGGAAAGAGACAAAAAAAGCACAGACAGCAGGAAUUAUCAACUGGGGGGACUCUGUAUCAGGAAGCAAACUAAAACAUUCUGAAAAAUGGACGCACGCUGAGGACACUACUGUGUGUAUUUUUUUCCUGGUGAGAAAAGAUGGAGAAGAAAUCACUUCGAUGUAAAAUACCCCAACGAACCUGAGGCAAACAAGCUACAGAUUACAGAAACAACAUGUACAGAGGCUGCAGAGACAGGAGGGAUAAUGAGACAUAAUCCACAAAGACAGACGAAGGACGAGUGCUUGUGCUUUGACUUAGCACAGCCUACUGAAUGACUCUGAUAUGGGUGGAGGCGGAGUGUCUCUGUGUUUGACUGCAGGCGAUUUGGACUCAGCAACAGCUGAGCAUGAUUUACAAACCCAUAAUUCUGCCUCGCUUUCUAGUUUUAUUGUUAUUUAACUGUCCCAGGGUGGUUUCAAGUAAUUUUUAAUCUUGCCUUUUAAUCUCUCCUGCCUGUUGGAUCACUGGUCACUAAGAAACUAGGGGAACUCAGUAAAACUAGGGAGACAUAAUAAAAGAUCAAUAUUAGGGUGCUUCUUAUUUCUUUAAUUGCGCUUCCUUGUUUUGUUCCCUUGCUUCUUAGUUCUUCUCACUAAAAAUGGGAGAAUAAGGUUGCAUGGAAAGAAAACAACACCAGAGGAAUGGAUGCCAAACGUUGUGCCAUGUCCGGUCAAAUAUACAUCACUUUAACCCAGUUAUUGAUGACUUGUUGUCCAGCAUGUUUUAAACUAUACAAUAUCUACUCUAUUGUCAUGACUGACUUGGCAUGUAAAUUCAAGCCCAUUUAUUGACUUUGUUCUUGUCUUAUUAUUUGUUUGAGCCUACACUGAAAAAAAAGAGUUCAUUGAAUUUACUCAAAAUCAAAGUUUCAACAUGAACACAGUUCGUCUUCAUACUGUACAUCCAACAUAAAAUGAGCAUGCAUUUUUAAAACCUUGGAAUCAAACCAACUUCAUGCAUUCACCCAAGCUCAGGAUCCAACCCAUGAGUUAAUUUAACACUAUAUCCAUUUCCGCUGUCAGUGCCACAUCUUUGUGAGACUUUUAAUCGUAAUUGGAUCACAUUAAUUAUACUGUGUACAUUGAUACAUUUUUUUUUACAUACUUUAAUUUACAUAUUUCCAACUAGUAGAUUAGAUAAUGUAUGUGUUUACAUUUCAUUUAGUAAAAGGUAAUCAUGUUUUAAUGACCAAUUAAGUAUUUUUAUGAAAACUAUAUGUAAUAUUUUCUGUGACCACAGAUUCCCUUUUUUUCAGUGAAGGUGGUUGUGUGAAAAUGCUAAAUGUACACAGUAAUCACAUGGCUCCCACAUAAGCAUUUUUUUUUUACACUGAAGCCUCUGUGUCCAUUUAAUGAAUUGAUAGUCAUUCAAAGUAUUUAGCUUUUUGAAAUGGAGCAGGUCCACAACAAUGUACUCUACCCUGACUGACUUAUAUAGUUCUUCAAGAGAACUUCAGUGUUCAUGCCCAGAACAGUGGAUCCACUUGGAGAGGAGUGAUGGAGUGGGUCACAGAUUUUCAAAACCUUAACACAGGUUUGGUUGUAGCUAUAUUUGCUACCAUAGCCUCUUCUGAUUUUUGUUUUCUUUGCUUUAUCAGGCCAUAUACUUUAAUCACUCAGGUAAAGAGAAGCAUAAAGCUGUCAGCAUGGUGGUGGAUUGGAUUCAUAAAAAAAGGUGCGAGACAGAUUAAUAGAAAUACUUUUUUCAUUGCUUCAAUGUGAAAGAAAUUUCCAUGUCUAAAAGGAGGACAUUACGUUUAAAAUGGAUUAUAUUCUAGUUUUCAAUUUAUCGAGGCAACUCCAAGAAGCUGUAGAGAGCCAGUGGAGAUACUGCAAAGGCAGAUGCAGCACAAGAAGUUUGGCAAUGGGAUUUAGAGAGGCCACUGAUGGCCAAAAAUUGAUCUGAAAAACUGACCAUGGAAUACCUCUGCCAGUGUUAAGUGUUGACCUCCAUAUUGUUAAACAAUAAAUGGAGCACUAUAAGAAAUGUUUAUGGAGUCCUUUACUUUAGCUGAGCUACUAUACUGGUUACAAACAGUUAUAUUGUCAAGGCUGGAAAGGUGAAUGUUGUUUAGCUAGAAAUAUAGAAAGCAUUGGGCUAGGAUGGGGUGGGGAGGUUAACAUUCCUAAUUCAUGUUGCAUCAAGAUGUAGGCUCUUGGAAUGGCUAACUAAGAUGAUACAUCCAGAGGAUAUAUUCUGUUUACGGAAUUACAACUCCUCAUCCUUCCAGCAGAACUCAGUGCCCGGGUUCUGGAGAGGAUUCAAUCGGAUAUUUUAACCCACCAGUUAUUGGGAACAAUAGAGUUACCCCAAGCUAUAAACAUAUUCUUGUCAACUGUAUGAAGGGCCAUAGUAGUCUACCUUAAUGUUGUGGAUUUGGACAUCAUGUAUUAUUUUGUGCCUCAGCUUUUGGGUUGGAAGAAACUGAGGACGUAUGGAGUGAAUCAUUAUUCGAUGGAAUUUAGACUAUAUAUGUACACAGUGAGCACAGUGUCCAUGUUCUGAACAUCAAAUUGAAACUGUUUGAUAUGGGAAGUCAGGUCUUUUAUACAUGGUUUGCAUAGACAGUUAAUCAAGAUGAAGGAGGUGUCCAUUAUGCGAUGCUAUAGCUGUAUGCCUUAGACUGUCUCCUGAAAGAGAGUUUGGGUGCUCUUUUCAAUUGAGGGAAAAGAUCUUGUGCCUGGUGUAGAUCCUGGAAUUUUAUUAAUUACUUAUGGAAAAUAGUGUAUAUAAGAUUGGCAAUGAAUUGAUUAAGAGUUACAAUAAGAUAAGAAUAGCAGUGUUAUAGUUACUGUACUGGUUUGUGGUGGAAAAACAGUAACAAAUUUUGUAGAAAAGCUCACUGUUUACCAUUCAAUAUAUGUCCUUAUUCUCAAGCUGUUGGGAGACACACAGUAAGUAACUUGUGAUAAAGAGUUUCUUGACAAUUUGGGUGAAUCUCCAAGCACCGCCAUGGCUCCUUCAAAUUGAGAGGCCAGUAGUGGUGGCCUCUCAAUUUGCACCUUACAAUGAGGUCCCCUGAUAAGCCCACAGUAAAGCUUUUAUGAAGAAAGUCCCACUGGAUGGUGAUUCCAGGGCUAACUUCAAGGGACCUGCUGGAGUGAUUAUAUUUGUCAGUUGGCUGGGAACACUUAGUGAGCGCUCUGAAGGAGGUAUAGUCAGAGUUGGAGUAUAGAAUAGACUUGGUAUAAAUAAAUCUGGGAUGACCUUCUCAGUCUGUUGUCUGUGUCUGAGGCCAAAUAAUCUAGGUUUAAAAAGGCAAUGAGGCGUCAAUUACAGUAUUUGGAAGCACCCUAAAAAGUAGAGGAAUGAGAAGUAGCUAAAGUAUUUAAAUGAAAAGAAAGGAAUGUGCAGUCUAGUAACAUUAAUUAAGAGAAAUUAAAGACUAAGAAACAAGUUUACUAAAAAAGACUUACCAAGGAGUAACUAGUGAAAUAAAGGGGACUCAAUGAUAAUCAGGGAAUUAGGAAAAAGGAAAUUGAAGGUCUAAAAAAAUAGGAAAAUCAAGGAAACUUGAUUGAUAAAUCUGUUUUCUAACAUUCUCUGGUUCUUUGAGAGAAACCUUUUCCUCACUCAGUCAUCACUUGGCUUUUUAUUUAAUACUUUUAUCCCUUUGUUAUUUUAUGUGAAAAUACAUUUUCUAAUGGCAAAAUAGUAGAUGAUGUGUAAUAUUAAACAGCCAUCAAAGUGUGGAUAAAAACAUGUUAGAAAUUUGAUAAAACUUCUCAAACACCAGCAGAAAUUGCUGAAAACCGUAAAAUCAGAGUUGACUAAUAUUUACUUCAAGUAUGCUCGAGUUAUGUUCCUCAAUCCCUCUCAGUCUUCUUUACCAUUUGAACAUGAUGGAAUAAAUGAGCAGAAUCAAGUGUUUCUUUUUCUGUUGUUGUUUUUUUUUUCUUUUAUCAAAAUGACAGACUGGUUGAAACCAUUCAAGAAGGUAUUUAAAAUAAAAAGAGAAAUGUGUUGUUUGUGUGUGUUAUAAUUCGAACUUAAAAAAAAGUGACUACAUAUACCAGGACUAGGACUUAGGAGCAAUUAGGAAAGUAAGAAUCUAGGAAAGAGAAGUAGUAAAUUAGUAAUAGAUAAAGAAUACUCAAAAAA